AUGAUGACGGCAUUCACCGAUCUCAAUGGUCCCCACACCACGCGGCUGACCCACAAGCAACUAGAACCCACCGCUCCUGACUCGGCAAGCCCUCAGCCUCCAAGCGCUCGCGCUCGAGCUGGCCAGCACCGACAUCACAGCCCCGAUUCACCAAGUAACGCGACGAACCACUUCCACCAGUUCGCUCACCCACAACCGUCGAUUGCGAGCGGCAGCUCCGGAGCGAUGCCGUCGAGGUCGCACACGACGACAACUACGACAGACACGCUUCUUGUUGGGCCUGCAGCUGCGACCAUGGCCGCGUCUCGCCUUGCGCAGCACAACUCUCCUACUCCUCUUCCCGCGUCCGUGACAUCAACCAACGGCGCGCCCGCACGACGACCGGACCUACAGACGACCGAAUCGUCCAGCUCACAAAGUAGACGGCCAUCCAGUGCGCCGUCUAGCAAGAACAACGCAACGGCGGCUUUGGCAAAUGGCGACGGCUUCGCAGCAAAUCAUACGCCCGUAACCGUGGCUUCGAGGUCGUCCGCCGCCGCCGACGCUGCCUCCCUUUCCGAUCGCAGACCUUCAAGCGCGAAGCCCAAACUUCUCAGGUCGAAGAGUGACUUCGUGCUUCAUUCAGAAGAUGGCUACGACAGCGACCCGGACGACUCGGACGCUGACCACCAUCGCCGGCAAGGCAAUAAUACCAAGGGCAAAAAGAUCAGCUCAUGGGGUGCCAGGCAUGGCUUUGGGGACCACUAUGAUUCCGAAGAAAUAUCACAUCUGGUAAAUAAUUGGUACAUGUACUUUACUGAAAAGCGCCAUGAGACAACUGGCAAGCCGAAACUGGCACCCUUCGAGAUACAAGAUUGGCGCAUGAGGGAUCGACUUAAGACCGUGUCCGCGGCUAUUGCCGUGUGUCUUAACAUUGGUGUCGAACCCCCAGAUCAGCUAAAGACAAAUCCCGGAGCCAAAAUGGAAGCAUGGCAAGACCCGACUGUUACUCCGGCUCAGAAAGCGCUCGAGAACAUCGGCAAGGCACUGCAGUCCCAAUACGAGACGCUGGCUAUGCGCACGCGCUACAAGCAGUAUCUGGAUCCCUCGGUCGAGGAUACCAAGAAAUUCUGUGUCUCGCUUAGAAAGAGCGCCAAAGACGAGCGAGUCCUGCUCCACUACAACGGUCAUGGUGUCCCAAAACCUACCUCAUCUGGUGAGAUAUGGGUAUUCAACAAGAACUACACACAAUACAUUCCAGUCUCCCUUUAUGAUCUUCAGCACUGGUUGCAAGCCCCAACAAUCUUUGUCUGGGAUUGCUCCGAGGCUGGCAAUAUCCUCAGCAACUACCAUAAAUUUGUCGAGAAGCAUGAAAAGGAAGAGGAGGAGGCUGUCCUUCGUGACCCAAACCAUUAUAAAGCGAACUUCCGCCCCUAUAUCCACCUUGCCGCCUGCAGUUCCUCACAGAAUCUCCCCACCAACCCAUUACUUCCCGCCGACUUAUUUACAUGCUGCCUCACGACGCCGAUCGAGAUGGCCCUGUGGUUCUUCGUCCUCCAGAACCCUCUCCAGACCGGACUCACGCCCGAGCGAGCCAAGAAGCUGCCAGGGCGUCUUCAAGAGAGGCGGACACCCCUUGGAGAACUCAACUGGAUUUUUACAGCCAUAACUGACACAAUCGCCUGGACCACUCUUCCGCGCCACCUCUUCCGCAAGUUCUUUAGACAGGACCUGAUGGUUGCGGCUCUUUUCCGUAAUUUCUUACUUGCCCAGAGGGUCAUGUCCGUCUACGGCUGUACUCCGCAGUCUUUCCCAGAACUGCCAGAUACGAGGCAGCACCCUCUAUGGGAGAGCUGGGAUCUUGCUGUCGACCAAGCCCUAUCUCAGCUGCCCAUGCUUGAGCGCAAAGAGACCGAGGGUAUUGAGUACGAGUAUCAAAAUUCGACAUUUUUCACUGAGCAAUUGACUGCUUUUGAUGUCUACUUGACACGCGGUGACGCCUUGCAGCAAAAGCCCCCCGAGCAACUUCCUGUUGUCCUGCAAGUUCUCCUCAGUCAACAGCAUCGAGUGAGGGCGUUGAUAUUACUGGGAAGAUUUUUGGACCUCGGACCCUGGGCAGUGCAGCUGGCAUUAAGUAUAGGCAUUUACCCCUACGUCUUGAAGCUGCUCCAGUCCGCUGCUGCAGAAUUGAAACCAGUCAUGGUCUUCAUAUGGACACGGGUACUGGCUGUUGAUACUUCAUGUCAGCAGGACCUUAUCAAGGAUAGCGGCUACCAAUACUUCUCCAACAUCCUCAAGCCGUCAGAGGGCCUGCCAGUCGCCAACAGCGAUGAGCACAAGGCCAUGUGUGCCUUUAUUUUGGCAAUGCUCUGCAAGGGGUACAAGCCCGGCCAAGUUGUUUGCAAUCAAACCGACAUCAUGGGUUACUGUCUGUUCCACAUCCUUAAUGAGGAUAAUCCGCUUCUGAGGCAGUGGUCUUGUCUCUGCAUAAGCCAACUGUGGUACGACCUCCCUGAAGCCAAAUGGCGAGGUAUCAGAGACAACGCGCCAGCCAGGUUGUCAAUUCUGACGAAGGAUGGCUGUUCCGAAGUUCGCGCUGCAGUCCUGUACGCCAUGACUACCUUCCUGGGUAUACCUGACCUCACAGACGAAGUUGCCAGGAUAGAAGAGUCAAUUGCAUGGACUGUGCUUGACAUGGCCAAUGACGGCAGCCCAAUGGUCCGCAAGGAACUACUGGUGUUCUUCUCUCAUUUUAUUCUUCGAUAUGAGAGCAAGUUCUUAGUCGCUGCUUAUGAACACCUCCUUGAAGAGAAGGAGUACUUGGCCUACCCUCCGCAAGAUGACGGCCGCGAAAGCAAGAUGGGUCUACAUUACUCAAGACCAGAGAAGCGCGGUCAGGACGGGGGCGACCGUACCAAAUCACAGGGUCUCUCCCACAACACUAUCAUCGCUGCCGUUUGGAAGCACGUCAACAUACUCAGUGUUGAUCCUCAUCCGGAAGUCCAAAGCCAUGCAACCACCAUAGUCGACUAUGUACACUACACUCUCCUGCAAUCCUCACUAGGUUCACAAUCGCAGAGCCUUAUGGACGACAUUGGCCGACGAGCAAGGCGGCAGGCUGCGAGGCAGCAGGCCCAGGCUAGCCAGCGAAAUAGCAUUAAUGGCGUGAGCAGCGUGGGAGCAACCACACCUUUGCCAUCACCGGGUCUUCUUCGGCGAACUGUGAGCACUCUGUUCUCUCCCUUCUUCCCAGUGGAUGGUCCAACAACACCCACAACUCCCGAGCCAUCCCCCGGUCUGUAUCGAACAUCUUCUGUAAAGAGCCGGAAGGGAGCGGAGCCAGUGGCUCCAUUAUCGACGGAGCACAACGACAAUGAUGUCAGUCAUGCCAGCUAUCACGUGGCCAGGGAGCCGGUUUCCGCUGGCUUUCAGGAGCGUGACGUUACUCAAGCCCCCAAGCUACCUUUGCAAAGCACGCUACUGGCCUGGUCCAUCGAGUAUUUCCUGGAGCCACAGAUGAAGUCGAGUGAAUCCGAGGAGCCUGGAAGCACCGAGUACAACGAGCGACUGUGGCGACGGUCAAGGAAUGAAGGCAUCUUAAAUGAGACUCAGCCCCAAAAGUUGCAGGCCGGACGUCACAAGUGGAACAAUCAGAUUGGGAUUUUCAACACACAUGCGCAGCCAUCAAAGCUGAAUUUUCAUCAGUUCGAAGAUCACGUUGCAGUAGCGGACGAUGGCAACACUAUCCAGAUCUGGGACUGGAAGAACCAAGCCAGGCUAUCACGGUUCUCGAAUGGCAAUCCGGAGGGUUCUCGGAUCAGUGAUAUGAAAUUUAUCAAUGAAGAGGAUCAGGCGCUCCUCAUGACAGGAUCUUCGGACGGAGUGAUUCGCAUCUACCGCAAUUAUGACCGUCAUGACAAUGUCGAACUGUCAUCGUCCUGGCGUGCCCUCACCGAUAUGGUUCCCAGUAAUGUUAACUCCGGGAUGGUUUUUGACUGGCAGCAAGUCAACGGCACGACACUAGUAGCGGGCGAUGUUCGCGUCAUUCGAGUUUGGAGCGCUGGACAAGAGGCCUGUGUGACCGAUAUUCCCGCUCGGUCUGGAUCCUGCGUCACCUCUCUGACAUCUGACCAGAUGACUGGCAAUGUUUUCGUCGCUGGUUUUGGCGACGGGGCUGUGAGGGUAUUUGACAUUAGGCUCCGGCCACAAGACAGCAUGAUUAGGAAAUGGAAGGAUGAAGCAGACAGAGUGUGGAUCAAGACGGUUGCGAUGCAAAGGGGCGGACAGAGGGAAUUGAUGAGCGCAAGCCGAAACGGCAAAGUCAAGUUGUGGGAUAUACGGAUGGAUAAGCCGCUCAGUGUGUUCCAGACGACGAAGGACACACUCAGGACGGCUAGCAUGCACGAGCAUCUGCCCGUAUUCUCUGUUGGAACUUCGGCGCAUACGGUAAAGGUGUUUAACCUCGACGGCAAGGAGCUUUCUCAGAUGGAGCCAUAUUCCAGCUUCCUCCAAAAUCGCGGGUCUCCUAUCUCAGCAACGGCGUUCCACCCGCACCAUGCAAUCUUGGGCUGUGCGGCACGCGGCGAUCAUCACGUCAACCUUUACCAGUGCUCUGGGGCCCGGAUUCCCCAGGCAGACGAAAAGGUAGAUGCUUGA